AUGGCUUCUACCGCUCUGCCACUGGUAGGGUCAUCAAAACCUCAUCCACCCAUAACCAUCCUCAAAAGAGCCAGGACGGAUCAACCUUUAUCGUUGACGAAAUUCGCUAAGAAGACUGCGAAAGGGAGGGUGUUGAGUGUCCUUCGUGAACGUUACGUCAGAGAUGAUAUCCCAUGCGGUUUCUCAUCUUGUCAAUCAUGUUCUCCAUUCCCAAACCAACGUCCCGUCUUACCUCUCAAAGGUUAUUUAGGUCAUACAACUUUGACAUCAACCUGUGGUCAUUAUUUAGUCAUCGAUACGAAUAUAGUUCUACAUCAGAUGGAUCUCCUAGCUAGUCUUCCUAAUGAAUUACCAAUAAUCUUACCAUCAACUACGAUCCGUGAAACUAGACAUAGAUCUUUACCACUCUAUAACCGAUUACAACAGUUGAUUCAGGAUGAAAGUAAAUGUGUUUGGGUUUGGUGGAAUGAAGAAAGAAGAGAAACUGCUACUUAUCAAGAUGAGGUAGAAGGGAAGGGAGAAAGUGUUAAUGAUAGGAAUGAUCGUGCUAUAAGGAAAACCCUUCAUUUCUACACUGAUCAUCUCAAAUCUUCCGUAAAUUCUCCACCUCUUUUAGUCCUGCUAAGUGACGAUAAACGUAAUCGAGAAAUAGCACAAGAAGAGGGAUUGGUAGCUAUCUCCACUAAAGAUUAUGUGGAUGGAUUGAAUAUCCAAGAGAGGGAGAAAUUGGUAGAUCUGGUCGUUGGAGGUGUGGAAGAAUUACAAUCUGGAGAACAGAGAGGGAAGAAGAUAUACGAUGAUUACCUACCACAAGACGUGUUGGUGGCUGGCGUAAAGACCGGACGGUAUCAUCAGGGACAUUUCAGUGCUAAUGCUUAUAAUUAUCUGGAGGGCACUGUAAACGUACCAGGUCUAGACAAACCAGUAUUGUUAGUGGGAAGGGAGAACAUGAAUAGAUCCGUUCAAGGAGACGUGGUGGUAAUUGAGAUCUUCCCUAAGUCUCAAUGGAAAGCUCCUGGAAGUGAAGUCUUGGAUCAAGAUGACGCAUUGAAGAAUGACGAUGCGGAAGACGAUGAAGGUGCUGGUCUUCCAGAUGAAGAGAAGAAAGAAGAAGAAGAAGAGAAGAUGGAUGUGGAGGAAAGUACUAAGAGGAAACCAAAAGAUGUGCUACCUACUGGGAAGGUGGUAGGUGUUAUCAAGAGGAACUGGAGGGCCUACGUAUGUCAUAUAGAUCGUUCUUCCCUAUCUGCAUCGUCUCUAACAUCUCUUUCUCAACAAACAAUAUUCGCAACACCUCUAUCACGUACAUUACCACGUAUACGUCUACGUACCCGACAAGCACCAUCGUUACUAGAUCAAAAAAUCCUAGUUACAAUCGAUUCAUGGUCUAUUAACUCUCGUUAUCCUGAUGGUCAUUUCGUUAGAUCGUUAGGAAAAGUAGAAAGUAAAGAAGCAGAACAAGAAAGUUUGUUAUUAGAAUAUGAAGUACCAUAUAGACCUUUUGGGAAAGCUAUCUUGGAUUGUUUACCUUUAGAAGGAGAGGAUUGGAAAGUACCUUCAAAAGAAGAAGGGGAUGUUAUAUGGAGGGAUAGAGAAGAUUUAAGAGAUUUGAUCGUUUGUAGUAUCGAUCCUCCUGCUUGUCAGGAUAUAGAUGAUGCCCUUCAUGCGAGAGAAUUACCAAAUGGGAAUAUCGAAGCUGGUGUUCAUAUCGCAGACGUAUCCCACUUUGUACUCCCUGACAAUCCAAUGGACUCAGAGGCAGCUGCGAGAGGCACAACUGUUUAUUUGGUGGAUAAACGAAUCGACAUGUUACCAGCUCUGUUAGGAACUAAUUUAUGUUCUUUGAGACCUUUUGUGGAACGGUUGGCUUUUUCUGUGAUUUGGGAACUCACACCGGAAGCCGAUAUUGUGAAUGCCAGAUUCACCAAGAGUGUUAUUUCCAGUAAAGAGGCUUUCACCUAUGAAGCUGCUCAAAACCGAAAAGAUGAUCUAUCACUCAAUGACCCCCUCACUCAAUCAAUCCGUCUUCUCAAUUCCCUAGCUAUCAAACUCAAAUCAAAACGUAUGAAAGCAGGUGCCUUAUCACUCUCUUCACCCGAACUUAAAAUACAUCUCGAUUCUUCCGAAUCGGCUGAACCUAUCGACGUGGAACAAAAACAUCAAAGAGAAACUAAUUCUCUAGUUGAGGAAUUCAUGUUAUUAGCCAAUAUUUCAGUAGCAAGUAAAAUACAAGAAACUUUUCCAGGUACUGCUGUUUUAAGAAGACAUUCACCACCACCUAAAACGAAUUUCGAAGCUUUACAAGAUGUGUUGACGAAAAGGAAAAAUAUGGGUUUGGACGUUAGUAGUUCUGGAGCUUUGGCGAGAUCUUUAGAUGCUUGUGUGGAUCCCAAUGAACCGGAAUUUAAUACCCUGGUUCGAAUCAUGGCUACUAGAUGUAUGUUAGCAGCGGAAUAUUUUUGUUCUGGUAGUGUUACAAAAGAAUCCUAUGGACAUUAUGGAUUAGCUUCAAAGAUUUAUACGCAUUUCACUUCCCCGAUCCGUCGGUAUGCAGACGUCCUGGCUCAUCGACAACUCGCAGCAGCUAUAGGAUAUUCUCCUCUUCAUCCUUCCCUUCAAUCCAAAGCACACGUGGAAAGAGUUCUCACUGUUGUCAACCGACGUCAUCGGUUGGCGCAAAUGGCAGGUAGGGCGAGUGUGGAAUUUUACGUCGGAUUAGCUUUGAAAGCUCGUGGAAUGGCCAAAGGUCAGGGUGAAGAGGGAGAAAAUGGUUGGACAAGAGAAGAAGGGUAUGUCAUAAGGGUUUUUAAGAAUGGUUUAGCUGUGUUUGUUUCUUCACUCGGUCUAGAAGGACUUAUCACCUUGGACAAAGAUACACAUACAUUCAACCCUGAAGAAUAUUCACUUUCUUUCCCCUCUUCCUCCCAGACCGGUCAGAUGUCAGAAAUAGAGGUCGCGGUGUUCGACAAGGUCGUAGUUGACGUCGGUAUCGAAAAAGACGUUAAUACACAACGUGGAAAGGUCAAGAUGGUACUCGUGAAACCUAUCAGUUCGAUUGGGUUGUGA